AUGCCACCCAAAUGGGUAAACAUAUUCAUUUUCUGUCACUGGUAUUGCAUUGGCGACAUUUUUCUUGAAAUUGAAGAGGAAUCAAAACCUGGAACCAUUGUUGGAAAAAUGGAAAAAUUAGACUCAGAAAAUAUCAAUUUUGUUAAAUUAACCCAAGAUAUGGAUAGUAGCUUUUUCAAUGUGGACCGAGAAACCGGGCUCAUUUCGACAUGUUCUGUUAUUAAACGAGAAAGUUUAUUGCGAUGUCGACAACAAAUUGAUUGCCUGGUCACAUUCAAAAUUGUUUCUUUCGCAAAAAAUAUAUUAAAAGUCGACAAAAUUAUCAUUAAUAUUCUUGAUGUGAAUAAUAACAGACCAACAUUUUAUCCAGCCUCAAUUUUUAUAGAAUUGACAGAAAACACUGAAUCAAUAACAAAAAAAGAACUUCCAACUCCAUAUGAUUACGACAGUCCAAAGAAUGGAAUUAAAUCUUGCUUUAUUGAUUCCUCAAUAAACUGGGCAACUUUAUCUGUAAAAAACGAGGUCAAUACGAACUGGACACUUUCACUGCUUAUAGAAAAUAAAAAAAUGAACAGCUUUCGGGAGAGUAUCGAGGUACAGUGUAUGGAUGGUGGAACUGUUCCACUUAUUGGGACUUUGUAUGUUGAAAUAGUGAAGAAACCUGCCAUAAAAUGUUUUAAACCAUAUUUCGACUACAAAAUACUCAAAAUUUCAGUUUCUCUAAUUAAUUCCAAGUGGAUUUUUGUUACAAAAUUGAAAAUGCUCACAUCACAAGAAAACUCAUCUUAUCAGUCACCAAAUAGUCUGUUUUCUAUUCGUUACAGCUUGAAUAAAAAUGAAACAAAUUUUACAAUUGAAGAGACAAGUGGUUCUGUUUAUGUUUUACGACAAAGUUUGCUAAAUAUCGACAAUCCAUUGAGACUUAAUGUAAGUGCCUGUUGUCAAGAUUUGUGUGAUUAUUGCACUUUAUUUAUUGAACCAAAAAUAUUACCAAAAAUGCUUCCUAAUAGAAAUAUAUCGAACUAUUUUGGCUCAAAAUUUCAUUUUCUUGUGACCAACGUAAGAGAAGAUGGUCAUUUACAUGUACCCUACAAUUCAAUGAAAGGGACCAAAAUUGCUUAUAUUGUUGUUGAAAGUGAAAUUCAAGGAAAUAUAAAAUGUUCUUCAGAAAAUCCGGAUUUUUUAAUGAUCCAUCCUUUAAUUCAGAACACAUUUGCUCUAAUCACUGGAGUUGAUUUUAAUUCAAAUCAUCGAUCUAAUAAGAUUCAAUGUGUUACAAUAAAUUGUAAUAUUGAAAAUAUAACUAACCAAACUAAACAAGUGUGCAUUGCAAUGAGUAAUUUUUCGGAUAAAAAUGGCAAAUUGAUGCCAGAAAAUGGGCAAAAAUAUUAUAAAAAAGUUGAAUUUUCGUUAAGCCGAAUUUAUUUAUUGGUAACUGCAACUUUGCUUUCGAUGAUGUUCACUAUAUUUGCUAUUUACAUGAUUUUAAGAUGGAAAAGAUCUCAUUCUGCGCAAACUAGAAAAUCUUUAAAUACAAUUAAUGGAACAAAGAAAGUUUAUGUAAAUAUUACAAUUCUCUAG